AUGGUCCAAACUCGCUCUGAUUUGAAGCGAAAGGCUACGGACUUGCAGUGCUCCCCUCAGUUUGUCAGGGCUGAAAAGCCGCCAGAUGAGCAGUUUGAAAAGGAAAGGGCUUUUGAAAGGAAAUACGGGAGCGGCUUUAUCAUGCAGCAUCCUAGGUACCAUCAGCUCAUGAGAGGAAUAACCGCGCUCAUCACCAAUGGGGCGGACGAAUGGGCAUUCGACUUGAGAGAUCUGGAAAGGAGCCAUCAAAUUACUCGCAUGGUGGCUCUUGGUUGGACUCUUGAGUAUUUGAUCCCAGAUAUCAGUGUCCUGCCAGAAUACCAGAUUCAUCGCCUGAUUACUCGUGCCGAUGGUUUCUGCGCACAAAUGGAUUGGGCCAAACUUCGAUCCUUACUGCCUCCCACUGCAGCUGCUCACUUCGGUGAUCUCAUGGGGGAGCUUCUAAUACAUCUGGCAAUCCACGAGCGCUUCUUCGAGAGACCUUUCUGGUACCUGGACGGUAAGCGAGGCCCAGAUGACCCCAACGAGGAUCCCGAAUUUGCGACGAAACUCCAGUACCUUUUCGAGCGCUUCUACAAAACCAACCCAAGAUACGGAGUCCUAUGGAAAAUGCAAACCCAGCGACUCGCCAACUCAGGAAUUUGUCACCGAGCCCAAGACGUUGAAUUCGGCCAGUACAAUGCUAAACGGCACGAAUCAGUGCUGGCCGGUUUUGCGGAUGACUUGCUAGCCAGCGAGCCGUUUUGCUGGCUACUGAGGGACUCUUACCCGAACACCUCCCCGCAGGCCGAGAAAAGACGAGAUGAACUUGUCGAGGUUCUCCGGAAGGGCCUCGAAACCAUGAUCAAAUGCGAAACCUGGACAAACGGCCAGCCUGUGCUUCGCGGGAUUGCCGAGUUGGGUGGAGUCUGGAGUGCCGACAAAUCGGCGGCAAAAUCCCUCCACCCAUACACCUGGAGGCCUCGACACGAAUUGUACAAUGGGCAACGGAUUCUGUUUGUUCCACGACCGGGUCUCGUUUAUGUGGAUAGUCUUGAUUGUUAUGGGUUUCUGCCGCAACUCAGUGUGGCUGAUGUAUGCGAGGCGGAGGUGAUACCAGCAUAUAUACCCAGAGACGACGAAGAAGAGAGCGACACUUCGGAUGAUGAUGAAAAGGAUGGUAAGAAAGAUGUUGGUGAUGAGGAAUGGCGUGAGGAGAAGAAUGCCUAG